GUCAUCUACGUUGGCGAAGCCUUUCAAUUGUUUCGUGUUUUUAUUUUUUGACGCUUGGGAUUUCCUCAAUUUCUGCAGUUUUCUGCUAGUUUUUCCCGUUGAUAUCCUGCAGGAGGUGACAAAGGGAUGGCUGAAGAGGAUAAUUUUGAUAUUUACGGGGAUUUGAAUGAAUUUGAUGCGUCUGUUAAGUUGAAGGAGGUGAGUCAGGAGCUCGAGGGGCUGAAGAAGAAGCACGAGGAUAUACAAAAGUCUCUAGAGACGUCUGAGGCUGUAACUAAGCACCUGAAGGCAGUGGUGGGGACGGUAAAGAAGAAUUUCUAUGUCCUGCUGAAUACAGCCCGGACGGAAGUGAAGAGAAAGGACGGGACCAUUGCACAGUUGCGAAGGGAUUUUGAUGACAUGGCUUUCCGGAGGACAAAAACAAGGGGUCAGAGAAUGGAUAAAUCCACACAGACUGAGCAGGACAGGGAAGACAGUGGCAGGAGGAGGGACAAUGGUUCCCUGAUGAGUGAAAGGGGCAGAAGAACUCGUUACGAUAGGUUUAGGGAGAGUGUUACCAAGGAUCAGGGACAGAAAAGAAGACGUGACGGUGACAGGGAGCCUCUCAAUGAUCCCAAGAGACGAAGAAGUCGCCCUAGGAGUCCUUCACGUGAUCGCAAUCGUCGAGAAUCCAAUCGUAGGUACAGGGAUCGGAGUCCAGAGAGGCAUUCGCAAAGAAGGGACCCCAAAAGUCAACGAAGAUCCCGAGAGAAGAGCGAAAAAGUCGAAACGAAGCAGACAAAUUCAAAAGGAAAGGCAAAAGAUCUGCCAAAAAUUGAGGAAGUUCAGGAGAAAGAGGAUAAAUCCAACCUGGACACGAAGAAUGAUUUGCCAGAGCCCCCAGAGCAGAAACUAACAACACCACAGAAGAUUGAGAAGAUUUAUCAGGAAACACGAGAGGAAACUUUGGCAGCUGUGGAGAAUAUUCUCAGGGAAACGGCAUCAAUGCCAGAAGAAAAUCUCACAAAUGGCCUGAGCGAAAAUCCUCCGCUUCCUCCUCAAGAAGACCCUGUCGUACCACCUCCACCGCCUCCCUCGCCUCCUCCAGUGCCCCAAGAAGAACCAAAACCGCCAGAAAUCCCUGAAGAUCAACCAAACUCCUCUGACCAAGCCGAUAGCUCCAAGGAAACCCAAAAUGUCAGCAUAAAUAUGGGGAACUCGGACUAUUCCAUUCAGAAGGAUAAUCAAGGAGUUGUAACAGUUUUUAUAAAGCGGAAAAAACGGAAAUCCAAAUAAAAAUUCUAGAUUUCCUGGAUUGUAAAA